AUAAUUAAAUAAGUCCUUGGAUCUCGCGAAUUUUGAGUUUGAUUAAAUGCGACGAUAUUUGUGCUAGACGACGAAGAAAAUCUCCAGCCAAACGGCCGUUUCCUGCGUGGUACCAACAAAAUGAAGGGGAGUGCCUUGUGCGUGUAGUUUUGCAACUAUAACAAUUAACCACAAUGUUAUGAGCUCUAUUCUGUCCUUAAAAGUUGCUAGUGUAUUAUCCUGAUUAUUUUCAACUGUCGGUUCCAAACCAGCGGAACUAAUUCGUUACGUAAAUAUACAAGUGAUUCCACAUAUUCUAAUGUACCAUGUGACCAGGUAUCCCAAUAAUUAUUAUCACUUUGUUUGCUGCGAAUACCCAUCUGUCUUCAGGUGAUUUUUCUCGUCAGAAUGACUCCAGGUAGAAUAAUGACAAGUGAGUUGAUGAAUUGAAUCAUGGUUAACUCCGCUAAUUACAUGAACUCAAACCCGACACAGUUCUUGAAAGGGGACACAGAAGCUGUUGGAUGGUUUGUGACCACUAAGAAGGCUCUGGCCCUUGUGGCCUUAGCCAUUUUCACUCUGAUUUUUGUGAUAGUUUUCAUGUAUUAUUACGGACCUAACAGGAAGAUCAUACAGAUACAAGAAGAAGACAAUGACAUUGAGGAAAUAUUGAAGGAAGAGUUAGAAAAUAAGAUCGAAAAAGAUAUAAGAUUGCCUAAAAACUUGUCGCCCAUACAUUAUAAGUUGAUUGUCCAUCCUGUAAUAGACCCCGAUGGCCCCAAAAAUUUUUCAUACACAGGACAUGUCCAGAUAACCGUUUUAUGUAGAGAAGAAACAGAUACCAUUUUCUUGAAUUGGUAUAAUGUGAAUGUGACGAACAAAAUAAUAGUUCGAAUGACAACUCAGCUUGAGAAAACUGAGCCAGAGGAAAAUAAUCUUGACACGAGCAUCAGCACCGAUUUUUUGGGUACUGAAGAACAAUUUGAUCAGGAAGGAAUAUCAUUCAAGACUGCUGUUAAGCAGGCUAAGCAUAUAGAAAAUGUAUUACGUUCUGACGGUAUCGAAAUUGGCGUCAACGAAAUACAAAAAGAUAAGGAAAAUGCUAAAUUGAAAAUAAAAUUGAAGGACAACAUGCAAGUUAAUAAGAAUUAUACGAUAGAUAUCGAGUUCUCUGGGAAAAUAUCAGAUAAUUUAAUUGGACUCUAUAGAACAUCUUAUAACACGACUGAAGGCGAAUCUAGAUGGCUCGUUACAACUGACUUUGAGCCUAUUCAUGCAAGAAGACUAUUUCCGUGCUUCGAUGAACCCCACUUCAAAGCAACCUUCGAUCUUAGUAUAGCAAGAAGAAAGAACAUGACAACUUUAGCGAACACACCUUUAAAAAUGACAGAAAAAAUGGAAAAUGAUCCUGAAUGGGUAUGGGAUCAUUUCGAGAGAACACCACCCAUGUCAACGUGUUCGCUUGCUUUUACCAUAAGCGAUUUUGUACCACUGAAAUGUAAUUCAACAUGUCCAAAUUCAAUCGUCAAAAUCUGGGGACCAAUAAGCGAUUUGUCGAAAGGUGACUUCGCACUGAAAUCUGCUGCAGCUAUUAUAGAUUAUUUGGAAAAAUACUUCGGAAUAAAAUAUCCUCUGCCUAAACUGGAUUUACUAGCAGUGCCGAAUUUGGCACAGGCUGCUACAGAGAAUUGGGGAUUGAUAUCUUUCAGGAAAUCCUCUCUUCUUUUUGACCCAAGUAAGGAAAGUGUACUAGUCAAACCGCAAAUAUUCAACGUGUUGUGUAAGAAUAUAAUAAAACAGUGGAUGGGUAAUCUAGUUUCUAUAAGAUGGUGGUCGGAGUUGUGGUUGAAAGAAGGAUUUGCAAUGCUCUUGUCUGCACAAAUCGAAAAAGAUUUGAAACCUGAUUGGGACACCUACAAUAAUAUCCCCUUAAUGGAAAUAGAGACGUCUCUUUUCGAAGACAGUUUGAAUUCUUCCUCAAGUCUCCGAACGAAAAUAGUCGAUAAUGAACAAAUUGAACAAAUUACCGACUCCCUAAUCUACGAGAAAGGAAGUAGCUUGUUGAGAAUGCUGAACAAUACUGUGACUCAGCCUGUUUUUGAAGGAGCCAUCCGAAAUUAUUUGCGUAUUUUUUCUUAUAAGUCGGCUGGUCAAGAUGAACUAUGGGCGGAAAUUGUGAAAGCAUCCGAUAUCGAAGGCAGCAAUCAAACAUUGUGGAAUGAACAGAACCUUAAAAUUAUUAUGGACAGUUGGACGAAACAGCCCGGAUAUCCCUGUAUUUUUGUAACUAAAAAGGGAAAUGAAUCUGGAGUGUAUACCAUAACACAGAAUAGAUUUGGUGACGAAAAUGGAACAAGGACUUGGUUUGUCCCUAUCACGUAUAUCAAGAAGAAUAGCACAGAAGUCGCGAGGGUUUGGUUGAACAAUGAGAAAUCCAAAACAGUAGAUACCAAUGCUUCGGAGGACUCUUGGAUUCUUGUCAAUAUUCGGAGAAAAGGUUUUUAUAGAGUGAACUAUGAUGAUGAAAACUGGAAAUUGCUGAGAGAACAAUUAGAGGAGGAUCAUCAUAAAAUACCAUUGUCUAAUCGAGCACAAUUAUUGGACGAUUCUUUCGAGCAAGCGAAGAUGGGCAAUUUGGACUAUAGUAUACCAUUCGAGUUGACAAAUUUCCUCAAAUACAACGAAUCUGCAUAUGUAGCCUGGUAUCCUGCUCUGAACAAUUUGAAAUACAUCAAGACGAUCAUGGACUACCAUGAAUAUUCCGGGAUAUAUCACACAUUUUUGAUCAAUUUGAUCGCUCGACGGUUCAAUAUCUUGGGCACAUCACCCAGACAAAAAGAAUCGAUUAACGACAAGUUUCUCAGGUUGGAAAUAAUCAAUUUGGCCUGCCACCUGUACUACGAACCUUGUAUCGAUUGGGCGAAAACUCAGCUGAAGAGAUGGAUGGAACAGAAUGAUCCUGACCUCAACAAUCCAAUUCACAGAGACUAUCGUAAAAUUGUACAAUGUAUGGCUAUUGAAAAAGGAAGUAGAAAGGAAUGGUACUUUUUAUGGGAUAGGACCUACAAUCCAAAUAUUUCACCGGAAGAUCUGAAUGUUAUAUAUUUAUCGCUUGGUUGCACACAUGAUCCUUGGCUGAUAAAUAAAUAUCUGCAUUUAUCUCUAACGGGAAAUAUAUCAUUGGAAAAUGUGCCGCUGGUAUGGAAGUCCCUGAAUCACCCAGUUGGUCUGAGAACUGGAUUUCCGUUUCUGAGAAUGAACUGGAAUGAAAUAUUUGAGCAGUACAAGGAUAUAUUUUUCGUUUUGAAGACUAUCAUCAACGAUUUUCUCUCCAAUUUAGCAACAGAGGUGGAUUUAGAAGAUCUCACGCAAUUUUACAAAAUACAUCAAGAUGACCUAGAGAUGAUCGCAGGAAUUAUGCAAGAAACAGUGAACAAAAUAAAACUGAGGAUAGAAUGGAAAAAGAAGCAUUUAGAUUCCGUUGUACAAUGGUUGAAUUCUAAUGUGAAAAAAAAUCGUUGAAACAAUAAAAAUAUUUUUGGAAAUA